AUGCUUCAACCGAUCCAGACUACAGACGACAUAAGGAAGAUUGCCGAAAAGACAGCAAGGUGGUUUGUCCUUGGACGUGCCCGACCAGCAUUGGAAAGUUUCCUAAAUGGUUUGUCAACGCUUGGGGUCCUUGAUGCACUCACACAGAAUCCUGAUGUUUUUCGUCCAGCGUUUUGCUAUUAUCCCGAAAAGCUUACAGCUGAAAGCACUGAAAACCUGUUCCAGGUGUUCCAAAGUCCAGUUGGAUCAAACAAAGCAGUAACAGAAAGCUUGUUCUAUCACGAUGGCAUGAUUAUCUACAGGAUAUUGAAGAAG